AUGCAAUAAACUUAUAACCCAGAUGAAAGAAUUAAUAUUGAGUUAUUUUUGGCUGCAAGGUAAUUACCUAAUCUCGAAUUCUUCUCAAAAAGUGAUCCGUAUUUGGAACUCUAUUAUUUACUGCCCGGGUAACAAGAAGUGUUUCUGGGGAAAACUGAAGUGGCUGAUUGUAAUUUGGAUCCUAAUUGGGAAUAAACAUUUAGUGUGGAAUAUUAGCCAGAUCUGACAUAGAUAUUAAGAUUUUAGAUAUUUGAUUAAAACAGAAUGGGAAGAGAAUUUAUGGGAGAUGCGCAAACGACUAUAAAGGACAUUAUGUAAUAGAAAAAUUCUUUAAUCUCUCUCUAAAUCAAAAAAUUUGAGAAAGAAGCAGGAAUAUUAAUUUGUAAGGCUGUAAAAUUUAAAGAAUCUAACCAUUUUGUUUAAUGGUAAUUUUCUGGAAUUAAUCUUAAAAAGAUGGAUGGGAUAUUUGGUAAGACUGAUCCAUUCCUUAAGUUUUAUUUGUUUACAGAGGGAGUAUGGUGUCAUGUAUACUAAACUGAAUAUCUAAAAGAUAAUCUCAAUCCUUAAUGGAGAGAAUUCGAAGUUUCUCUCUAAAGAUUGUGUUUCAACGAUGAAAAUAAAAAGUUUAAAGUUGAAUGCGUUGAUAAACAUGAAAAAGGCAAGUAUAAUUAGAUAGUUGGAUCAUUUGAGACAACAAUAGAUGAGAUAUUUAAUAAAAAUAUUGAUUCAUUUUAAUUAAUCUAACCAAAAGGAGGACCAGCAGGAAUAAUUAAAAUUGUAAAUAAAAAAAGGAUACAUAAACCUAAUUUUGAUGAUUUCAUAAAUUAAGGAACUACUUUUAAUAUUAUCAUUGGAAUUGAUUACUCUUCUCACAAUGGCGUGCCUUAAUUUCCUGAUUCUUUACACACCUAUAUUGAAAAGAACAAUAUUUAUCAACAAGCAUUAAAUGAUAUUGCUAAAGUCUUAGAAGGCUAUAACAUUAAAAAAUUACUGGCUCUGUAUGGAAUGGGAGCUGAGCCUCAAUUUUCUAAUUAUAAUGGCAAUGGGUAUCAAACUCUUUUCCCUUUAACAGGAAACUUCUAAAACCCAUAAGUAAUUGGCUAUCAAGAGGCUGUCAAAACUUAUUAAAAUAGACUUCGAGAAAUAGUUUUUAAAGGGGAUCUCUAACUUGAAGACUUUAUUAAAUAUGUUUAAACAAUAGCUGAAAAUAAUGCAACCAAACUAAUUUAUACAAUCGCUGUGAUUUUAGGAUAGGAACAAAUAACAGAUUUAAAAUAAGUGUAGAAUCUAAUUUUAAGUGGUUCGAAGUUACCCUAUUCUUUGAUAUAUGUUGGAGUUGGAGAUAAUGAUUUUAAGGAGAUUAAAUAGAUUACUCAUUUUAUAGACUCUUAAGAUCCACCAAUUAGAAAUAACUUCAGCUUCUAUUAGUAUCAGGAAAAUCUUGCUUCAUGCAUACUUAAAAAGCAUUUGAUGAAUGAUUUACCUAAAUAGGUUGUUUCAUAUCAUUAAUAAUUAAUUUUGUGA